AUGGAUAGUUUUAACUCAGGAAGUUCCUUCGAGAGGAAAUGUAACCAAACUCCAAACCUGCAGACAGUGGAACUUUCUGAAAUGGCAAAUGACAAAAGGCCAGUAAGUGCUCAUGUACCUUGCAAUCCAACUUUUGGGGCAUCACAAAGAAAUAAUGAAUUCUUAACUUCAUCAACGUCUUCAUGUCGUAACAGUGUACAAACUACAGUAGUGAAGCAGUAUGUGAAUAAAGUCAUCACAUCUUCUUCCCACUUACAUAAUUUGCCAAGAAAAUUUAUUUCCCCCUAUGCAAAAACGGCAAUUAAAAAUACUGACAGAAAGCAAAUCUCUAGACAGCCUCUGUUUGGCCCUAAUAUUCAUCUGCAAUCGACAGUGGUAUCAAGAAGGUCAGGACUUCAAGAUUGUUCCACACAUCAAACAAAAUCAGUUCAGAACAGUGAUAGAAUAUCAGACCUAGGCAGCUACAAAUCAAACAGUACAAACAAUUUCUGCCUUAUAUCACCAUCCAAAAGAAACAGACCUGUCAGUGCUCCGGCAGGUCAGCUAAGAUGUACACAGUUCUCUUCCUCAAGACUCCAGCUGGCCCAGAAAGAAUCUGAAGUGCCCCAAGUUAUUAAAUGUCAGCCAAGGGUAAUCAAAGUAACGGCUUACAAGAAUGGCACAAGAAGUAUCUUUGCUAAAAUUGCUGUACCAUCCAUUAAACUGCUGCUGGAGGAGUGCACUGAAAAACUGAAUCUGAACAUGGCUGCACGACGAGUGUUCUUGGCAGACGGCACAGAAGCACUAGAACCUAAAGACAUACCCCAUGAUGCUGACAUUUAUAUUUCAACUGGAGAGCCCUUUUUAGAUCCAUUCAAAAAAAUUAAAGACCAUCUGUCAUUAAUGAAGAAAGUAACUUGGACGAUGAAUGGUCUGGUUCUUUCUACUGGUGCCAAGAGAAGGAAAACCAAGCCUGUCCUUUCCAACCGCAUGAAGAAGCUUAUUGAGAAGUCCUCACUCAGGAUUUUGGUGUUUAAGAAUUGCUCAGGGCAGGAUGGCUAUGAGAUUAUUGCAGCACAGGACCAAAUUGAAAAGUUUUUAGAUGCUUGCACAAUAAGAAUGAAUCUUACUUCACCAGCAAAGCAUCUGUACAACAUUCAUGGAGCAAAAAUUGAAGAUCUCAUCAGUGUUCCUCUGCUUGACAAAUGCCUGCAAAAUUCCAUCACACCUUUGCGUGGACCUGUUUGGGUCUCUAAGGGAGAAGGUUUCAGCCCCUCAGGAGCAAAGAUGUAUAUCCAUGGAGUUCUUUUGGCCUUACACCAACGAUUAAAGUCUGCAAAAAACUAUUGCAAACAGAUGGAUUUUGCCAUUGAUGGUCAGAGAGGGGAAAUCACAGAAAAAGGCAUUCUUUCAAUGACAACAGAGGAAUUAUAUUUAGAGCAAGAAAAGGUGAACAAGCUCAUUGAGGAAUUGCAAGUGGCCAUCAAGAGCUACAAAGGUCACCUCUCAAAACUUGCCCCACAAUUACAGGCUGAGCAGGAGCAGUGUGCCUCUUAUGUCUACCAACACAUUAAAAGGCUUCCAGCAAACAUGGUUCUCCCACAAGGCUUGCAGCUAAAGGUGUAUGAAAAUGGCAAAGACACAGGGGAGAUCCUAGUUUAUGUCACCAAAAAAGAGAUGGAGAAUAACUGUAGGAAUCAACCCAGUGUUAUGAUGGAGAGGCUGCUGCAUAUGAUUCACGAAAAACUACAAUAUUCAGCAGACUUCAAACCAACAGGCCUCAAUCUUAUUCCUACCCGGCUUUUUGAUGAGAAAGGACAAGAAAUUAAAAACCCACUUUUACUGAAGAAUGAGCAAAAAAUUUGGGUUUCUUAUGGUAAAGAUUACAGGUCUCCCUUAAACCGUGUUCUAAGUUUGACCUUUGACAAAGUGACUGCAGCUGAAAAGGAUGGUAUCACAGUUAUUUAUAAAACUCUUCUGGAUCCUAAUGUUGAUCUGCUGCCUGGAUGUGACAAUUGGGAAGCUUGUACAGAAUUUCCAGACAACUUCCAGUGCACAAACCACCAGACACUUCAAAACUUGGAAAAGGUGGACAUGGAUAGCCAUUUUAUACAGUACAAGGCCGAUCCACAGAUAGUUUUUCAUGUCUCUGUUGCCAUGGAUAAAAUGAGGAAGGCACUUCCCAGAAGAAUGGACUAUCGGGAUCUAAAAGUCCCAUCAACACUGUGGCCUCUGGCUAACAUGUGGCUAAUCACAAAGGCUGGAAUGAUUCUGAGUCGAGCUUUGGUACAGAGCUGUCUAGCUAUUGGUCAUCCAAUUAGAGUUGAGACAGAUGAUGGCACAUCUCUGGAAGGAUAUAAGUUAACAGUACAGAAAAGAGACAAAAGCAGCAUCUAUCAACAGUGGGGUUUUGGAAAUGAUGGUUCUAUCUAUUGUAAGGCUUACCCUGAGUUUGUCCUGACCUACCUAGAGGAGCUAAAUGUAAGAGAGGAGGUGACCCAGAUGGAACACCACAUCCACCAUGGGGCCUGGUCUACAGCUCAUCAGGAGAUAGAGAGCAGCUCAGCAGAAGAGGUCACUGUACCAAGCCAGAGGCAGGUUCUGCAAAAAAAUGUCAACAACUCCAAUCAGAAACAACUUUCAGGACCUUUGGACGCCCAUUUAAUGCCUGCAGGUCCCCUAAGGGAGUCUAUGCAGCUGACAGUCGCACUGGUGAGGAAACUAGAAGAGAAACAUCCUAAGGCCUCAGCUCAAAGAUGGGCUAUAAAGCAUGAAGGGACAACUAAACCAGACCAGUGGAAACAUUCCAAAGUGGAGAAUCCGCUAUGGAAUAAGCUGACAUACAUGUGGCCUGUCCUUCCAAAUGGAGAACUUAAUGAGGAUUUUGACUGGCCAAUUGAGGGAUUGCUGGUUCCAAACAGUCCUUCACUUAAGAAACCAGCUGGCAAGAAGUCAGAUUGGUAUAUACCUGUGAGACUGAGGGCUUUGCACAAUGGAGACAGGGACAAAAGCAAGGCUAUCACCAUCAUUGGAACUGAUGUUACAAAUAUGCUAAACAGACAAAAUAUUCAUCCUGAAAAGAAACAGAAAACAAAGGAGAACCAGAAAAUGCAUCCUGAUGAAGGCCCUGGAAUGGAAAUAUACAAGAUAGAAUUUCAGCAUUUUUUGGACAAAUGUACUACAAUGUUGAAUUUACCUACUGCUGCUCGAAGAUUAUUCACUGAAAAAGGCGUGGAACUCUUUCUUUUGAAAGAGCUUGAGAGAGAUCAGCUGGUCUAUGUGUCAUGUGGAGAACCGUGGAUUGAUCCACACUUGACUAUGGCUCAGCACAAAAAACGUCUCCUACUCAAUAAUUUAGUGUCAGAUAUAUCUGCAAUUCAUGCCUACUGUAUCAUGCGUAACCCUGAAAUUCUAGUUUUAGGAGUAAGGAGCAAUAUUGCUGCUGGAGCCAAACUUUUUGUGGAUAGAUGUCUUGUGGCUUUUGAAGAAGACAAACUAACUGAGGAGCUGCAGGAAAAUCAAACAGAAGAAAUGUUUCUGAAUAUAAAAGAUGAUUCAGAUCUUAAUUCACAUGCAAAAUCACAUCUUAAAACAGAUGCUUGGCAUAUGAAAUCCAAAUAUUCCUGGCAGGAAAGUUUCUGUGAUUUUCAUGAUGAUGACAGUUUUCCGAAGGAUGAGGAUAAAGAAUUCUGUGAAAAUGCAGAGAUAUUUCAGAAGUACAGACCUCAACCAAAGCUGAAUGCAGAAUUGCAGAAGGCUCACCAUCAGCAGUUUGAGUAUAGAGACAAACAGAUUAUAAACUGUGCAUUCCCAGGGCUUGUUUUGGGGGUACAGGAUGCUAAUCUGCAUGCUGGGACUGAAGUUGUUUUGGUGGAAAAGAAACCUGAUGAUACCAAUCAGCGCUGGAUAUGGAGAGAUCAUGACAGGACAUUUCAUUUGAUGAGUGAUCCAAAUCUAGUGCUAGCAGUGUCAAUGCCCAGCACGCAGCCUAGAUAUUCAAAAUGUGCACUGGACAUGAAAGGGUGUGCUGUUGUUCUGCAGAAAUAUAAAGAAUACAGCAAUGGGGCUGCCAAUCAAAAGUGGCAUUACAUGGAAAAUGCAGGAGUAUUUAGUGCCUUUUACAGCACAGUACUGGAUCAAGAAAUCACAGCAGCAAAUCAUGCUUCUGUUUGCACAUUCUCUGUGACCAGUAGAGAAAAAAUAAACCAGCCAGGCUACUAUUUUCUUUCACCCAGUGGAAAGCAGAAGUUCAUGAUAUGCUUGGCUUGUGCAAGGGCCAUAAGAGGAAAGAAAGAACUGAAAAAAUUACCCACAGGUAGCAUGUUCUUCUGUGCCUCUGGCUCUGAGGGAGCAAAUAAUUUCUCCUUGGGGCCUUUUAAGUGUGUUAAUGUGAUGAAGACUGAUUUAUCCACAUUGGAAGCCAAAAAUACCUUGAAUUAUUUAGAAGAAGUUCUAGCAUCUUUGCGGACCGAAACCUCCAUACAAACAAUCUCAGAAAAGAUCUCUGCAGCUAUGAACCAGAAAGCAGUGAAAAUAAUUGCAUACAGAAAUGGAGCUGGCUACCGAAAUGGUCAGUUAAUCAUUGCUAGCACAUUCCCUAUGCUGCUUACCAUGUGUACAAGACAACUUGAACUUACCAGGAAAGCCUGCAGACUAUAUACCAAUGACGGAAACCUAAUGCUUACCCUACCAGAUAUAGUCACAUGGGCUGUAAAUGAGUGUUUCAGACAAAGUGACUCAGAAGAAGACUACAAAGAGAGAACUGCAAUCACUGACAAUGCUGAAGGUGGGGCUGCACUGGAUGUGGAAGAUAAGUACAUGGAGAAAGUGAAGAUAAAGUCAGAAUUAUCCUUGAUGACUCCAGACAGUUUGAACAUGAUAGAUGAUUCUUUGCUCACCAUCAUCCUCAGAAAUCCUAUCGAGAUCUGGGUUUCCUGUGGAGAACCUUUUCUACCUUUGGAUGCUUUGCAAAAGGCAGCAAGGCAAGAGAAACAAAACUGGUUAGAGAAGGACAAAAUUUUGGCUGAUCUAGAUGCUAUGAAGCACAAAAUGAGACAGCUGCAAGGGCGACGAAUAACAGCCUUUAAACCAUCCACCUUGGUGCCCACAAAAAGCCCAGUUCAGCCUAUAAUAGUAGAAGGAGGCUGGACUGAAGAAACCCAAGAAGAGAUGAAACUCAUGGAAAAUAUACAACAUACUGAGACACACUUCUCAGAGGUUCAAGCAUCACAGUUCAAAAGAAGUUCUCUAUUUUCAUCUAAACUGCUGUCAUCCAAACACAGAUGUCUGUAUGAUCAACCAUCUGCAAAAAGAGUGUGGGCUUACCGGAAUGGUUAUAAACCCGAGCAAGGAGUUUAUGCCUGGGGAAAAACAAUUUCAGAGCUGCUGGAUAACUGCACCACCAGGCUAAAUAUGCAACAGCCUGCCAAGGCUCUGUAUACACCGGAUGGUGAGCCACUCCAGUCAUGGGAUGAAAUAGAGAGAGACAUGCUUCUGUGUGUUUCUGCUGGAAAUCCUUUUCUGAGCAGAAAAGCCAUCAAGCAGCAAGUGGAAGUUAGAGCUAUUUAUGCCAGAAUCCGAAAGCAGCAAGGUCCAGAUGCCACUAAUAUUGUUGUCGCUCCUUCAGAGAAACUUAAAGGACAGGUUGUAUUUUUCUACUAA